AUGACGGGCCACGCUGACCGUGGCAUCAGGCUCUUUCACUAUGAGGCUUCCCCGUACGCUCAAAAGAUUGUGUUGUACCUAGCUCUGCGUCAGCUGCCCUAUGCAGAAGUCAAACAGCCCAUGAUCAUGCCCCGACCGGACUUGGCUGCAAUUGGGGUCGCGUAUCGACGAAUCCCUGUCAUGGCAAUCGGAAGAGAUGUCUAUUGUGACACGCGAAUCAUACUGCGUAAGCUCGAAGAGCUUUUCCCCGAGGGCAAGCUAGGCACAUCAACACCCGAAACAAUCGCUAUUCAGAAGCUAUUGGAGAUCUGGCAUGUAGAGGGACCACUCUUCUCUCAUGGCGUGGGGUCCAUGCCAUCAUCACAUUUCAGCCAUCCAAAAUUUGUAAAAGACCGUGAACAACUGCUGGGAAAACCAUUUGAUUUACAAGGACGCGAGUCAAGGCGGCCCGAGUCGCACGCAUAUAUCCAGGGCGCUUUCGAAUUAUUCGAAGAUCUGCUCGCCGACGGUCGACAGUGGCUUGUCGGCACGCAACGGCCAUCUUUGACAGAUCUUGAGGCCGCUUUCAUGGUGUCUUGGCUCCUCAACUCCAAGAAAGCUCUUCCGGAGAAUUUGUUCUCUCCAGCCAGAUACCCUAAGACACGAGCAUGGAUUUCCCGCUUCGAUAAUGCCGUAACGGUAUCCAAAGCCCAGGGACCCAAACCGAUCAAGCUGGAUGGCGCGACUUCUACCAAGGAAAUCCUGGCCUCUGACUAUGCUGAGCCAGCUCCUGGGAUACAGGAGUCGGAACCAUUGAAGUGGUUGAGCGUGGGAGACCAAGUCGAAGUCUUUCCCACCGAUAAUGGGAUGUUCAACAAGGACAAAGGGAGACUUGUAGGGUUGACCUAUAAUGAGAUUGUGAUUGAGUUGGACAACCAUGUCGCCAGACCGCAGUUGGAUCGAACAACGAACAAAUCAUUUGGAACAAUCCAAUCAGUCGACUCCCCACCGCCCGUCAUGAAGAAACUCCUCCUAAUGCUAUUGAAACACCCCCUCCGCGGCCUGAUCUUCUCAUACUCGUUUCUCGUACAGAUCCUGCUCUUACUGCUCCGACGGGCCUUACUCCCCCACUUCCCCGUCUAUCAAUCGCUCCGGAUCCAGGUCCAGCGGGCGUACAUGGGCUCGGCGUCGCUGACCUUUCCGGACCUGACGCACAGACUGCCCGUGGGCAAGAUGCCCGUUCGCCGGGCUCGCAAGAUCGAAGGAGGCUCCGUGCCGGCGUAUCUGAUCCCCGGGUCAAGGGACCUGGCGGAAUUCGCGGCGCCAAUGAAGUCGGGACGAGGACAGCGAUGUGUUGUGAUUUACGCGCACGGCGGGGGCUACGCACGCGGCGAGGCGAGGAUGUACAUCAACUACAUGGAGCGGUGGAUCCGGGAGGCGUCCAGGGCGGAGCUGGACCUUGUCUUUGUGAGCGUUGAAUACCCAUUGUCCGUCAAGGAGAGCCAUCCGGCUCAGAAGAAGGCGUUCCUUGAGGUGUACAGAUACGUCCUCGACCAGGGCAUCCAGCCAGAGCGAAUCAUCUUCAUGGGUGACUCGGCUGGAGGUUCACUCUGCCUCCUCGCACAACUGGACCUCCGAGGCGUCGGCCUCCCACAACCCGCCGCGACGAUCCUGAUAUCCCCGUGGCUCGACAUGAACUGCAAAGUGUACCAGGGAGGAAACGGCGCCGUCGAGACCGACUACUUCAUGAUCGCCAACCAAGCCGUGCCGGCCCUUGCGAAGCUCUUCGUCGGCGCCUUCCCCGCCGACUCGCCCGAGGUCAACCCUCUCCACCACGCGCCCGAGGCGCUCGACGGCCUGAGCCCGCAGCUGAUCUUCACUGGCGGGGCGGAAUUUGCGCGCUACGACUCGGAGAAGUGGGCGGAGCUGUGUCGCGCCGCGGGCGUAGAGUCUAAACUGGUCAUCGAAUGGGCACAACUGCACAUCUACGCGGUCGGGUCAAAGUUCACGGAUCCGGCAGUGCGGAAGAAGACGGACGGUAUCAUUAUCCAGUGGAUCAAGGAGCAUGUUCGGGAGUGA